UCCUUGUUGCCAUUUCCCAGACCACAGUCAUUCCCUCACCACACUUCACAACCAUCAACAUGAGCCAGCACCCCUUACAUAUUCCAGAAAUCAUCUCGCUUGUUGGCGACUUUCUCAGUCUAGAGGACACCCUACAGUGCAUUCGUGUCUCCAAAAGCUUCCACGAAAUACUCAUCAAGUUCAUAUGGAGCCGUAUUACUGUUACUGACGAUGAAAAUACUUCUUAUCCUACCGGCGAAGCAUUGCAGAACAAUAAAAUACAUCUUGAAGAACUCGAGCUCUAUCACUUUCCAGAGGAGUACGUGUCAUUGCAGGGGUGUGCUCGUCUCCAUACCAUCAAAUUCGUAACAAGUAUGCCGGUAUAUGAAGAUCCGGUGGCCGUGACCAAUCUCUCAGCCUUCAUCAAGGCCCACAACUCCACAAUCACGAAAUUUACCUGUUAUGGUCCAAUCCCACAAAGGACCUGGAAAGCACUGCUGAAAUGCCCCAACCUCAACCAUUUGGUUAUUGAUGGAACGGGAAUAAUGAAAGAAAUAGUCGAUGAUUUCUUUCAAAUGUGUAAAAGACUUGAGUACUUGGAGUUGAGUAAAACAAAGAUAUGUCAACUACCUACUGGUUUCUUGAGCGAUCCCACGGACAACUAUGUCUUUGCGAAGAUGUCUACGCUAAGGCUUUUGGAUGUCACGAUACAGGACCCUUCAGGUUCACAUAGUCUACCACUUUGUCCUAGCAUGUUGAUUAAGAAAUGUCCAAACCUGCGCUCACUGGCAUUCCAAAAGUAUCAAAGGUACAAAGCCUUCUGCGGGGAAGCACUCUUUCAGCAACCCUGGACAUUAUCAGGGCUAUCAGACCUAUCCUUCCUCGAGAUGGACGUUAAGGACGAGGACAUGGCCUCGCUUCUCAGGCAGAUAACCGAGCUAAAACAGCUGGUAUUGUCAAAUAAAAGACAUUCUUCUUCCCCAGAGCCGUGUAGUUUCGGUUGGCUCUCCAUGCAAGAAUUACUAGCAGACAGACACAUGAUACAAGAGACGAGGUUCGGGAGACUCUGCGAGAUGAUCGAGACAAUAACGUUCGAUGUACGCGGUUUCAAGACAGAUGGUAUUCUGCUAGCAAUCCUAUGUAAUUGCCCAUGUCUGAAACAACUAAUAGGACCUAAAAUCACAGUGACAGAGAUUGUCAAUGGUGCGGAAUGGGUCUGUACCAAGUUGGCUGACCUGACUAUCUAUAUCCAAGCUGACGUUGAUUAUGAGACCAUAGAAGGCCUGGAGAAGCAGCGCGCUGUGUUCAAGCAGCUAGGCAAGUUGACUCGAUUACGUUCUCUUGACCUGGCAAUGAAGACUGCUUGGCAUCCGGCGAUGAGGACACUGAACUUGAGGCUAAAGGCGGGACUGGAUGAGCUAUCUAGCCUAAAGCGUCUGGAAGGCUUAAAGUUCCAUGCUGAGAUCGGUCAGCAAAUGCAGCCAGAAGAUGCGACAUGGAUGAUGGACAAUUGGCCGAAUAUUAAACAAUUGAGGGGCAAUGUGAACGCCAACCAAGAUAUAUAUGAUUCGAUUGCUAAUAUACUUCAACCGCGCGCAUCCGUGAGUAACUAUUAAUAUUAGCUUGGCAGCCGUUUACAAAUUAAGCGGCAUCUUUUUCGGAACUUCCUUCGUAUCAAUAUCUACGUAAUAAGAAACUGUUGCACAAAAGGCUAUCCUCACCUCUUUAAUCCGAAUUGGCCAGGAGAGGGAGGGGAGGGGGGCAACGUCUCGGCCACUCUGGUACUGUUGCUGUUUGGCAAUAUCCAGUACUCAUGAUCAUAGUUACAAAGAUUAAUGUGUGAAGAUUAGUAAUAGUAACCUUUAG